UCAGUUAACUGUCAUCUACUCCCCCCCCACCCCACUACAGUCAUACACUGAACCUCCGAGAUCGAGGUGACCUCUCUCCAUAGCUGACUCCCUUCAGAGUGACCAGGAUAAAUGGACUCUUGGUCAGGAAGAAUCUCCCCUUGAUGAGUCCCACUUCUUCUACGGGAAGGUGAGCUUGUCACCUUUCCAUUGAUGGGGACAGAUCACCCCUUCCCCACUCUUCAACAGACGAAGGGUUUGACUGGGCACACAGACCUACCACCAUGGCAGGAACCUCAAAACGUCCCACCUCGCCCUGCUCCCCACAACCUUCCAGCCCCAGAGCUUCCUCCUGCGAGAUGUUUGGCUAUGUGGGGAUUGAGGCUGUGCUGGACCAGCUGAAGAUCAAAGCUAUGAAAACUGGUUUUGAAUUCAACAUCAUGGUUGUUGGGAGGAGUGGAUUAGGUAAGUCCACAAUGGUAAACACUUUGUUCAAGUCCAAGGUGUGGAAAUCAUCACCAGUGAACAAGUUGGGACCUUUACCUCAAACCCUUCAACUGCAAUCUGUUACCCAUACAAUUGAGGAGAAGGGAGUGAAACUGAAGCUGACAGUGACAGACACACCUGGAUUUGGGGACCAGAUCAACAAUGAUAAGUGUUGGGACCCCAUCCUGAACUACAUCAAUGAUCAAUAUGAGCGCUACCUGCAGGAGGAAGUUCUCAUCACUCGGCAGCACCACAUCCCUGACACACGAGUGCACAUCUGUGUGUACUUUGUGCCUCCCACAGGGCACUGCCUUCGGCCUCUAGACAUUGAGUUUCUGAAGCGUCUAUGUCGAGUGGUAAAUGUUGUUCCUGUUAUUGCCCGGGCAGACAGCCUCACCUUAGAAGAGAGGGAAGCUUUCAGGUGGCAGAUUCAGGAGGAUCUGAAGAACAAUGGCAUCUUUGUUUACCCCCAGAAGUGCUUUGAUGAAGACACUAAUGACAAAACUUUGAAUGACAAGAUCCGGGAGAAGAUCCCUUUUGCUGUGGUUGGGGCAGAUCGUGAACAUAUGGUUAAUGGGAAAUGUGUCCUUGGCCGGAAGACAAAAUGGGGAAUCAUUGAAGUGGAGAACAUGGCUCAUUGUGAAUUCCCACUCCUGAGAGACUUGCUCAUCCGCUCCCAUAUGCAGGACCUUAAAGACAUCACCCAUAAUGUUCACUAUGAAAAUUAUCGAGUACACAGAUUAAAUGAGAGUCACCUAUUAACAAAGGGGGCUGGAUGGGUGACCUUGAGCCCACCCACCCGAAGGACCUCUGCUGGAACCAGCCGAAGCCAGCGCUGGAACCGAGAGGACACAGAAAGUGGCUGCUGAAUCAAUACUACACACAAAUCUCUCAAACAUCUCAUACUCAAAUCCCCUUAGACUCUCAAUCUCACAACUCUUCUUUAUGCUUUACCCUUUUAACCACAAUCAGAUAAAUUUGGGUUCUCUCAAGAAAGCAGGCCUUGGUCCCACCAAUUCCAACCAUUCUCCUAUCUUUGUACUAACUAUGGGAGUAUCAAGUUAGAAAUUUUGCCUUUGAAAAGUUGUGCUUUGUAAAUUGCUUGAUUUUUGCGCUUCAAUGAAUUUUUAUGAAUAAAAAUAUAACUUUUAAAAAAAGGUUUUUAUAACCAAAAGACUCUCUGGGCCCAAUUGCCAGGAGUCUUGUAGGAUUUGUAGGGUUUCCUUGGCCUCAAUCUUACUUUAACCUAGUAUAACUUACAAGUUGCAUUUGAAACUUGUAAUCCCUAAAUAAAUUACAUAUUUCCUCAUGGACAAGUUAUCCAUUCCAAACUCCUUUUCAAAACCCACUUUGAGAUAACAUAGCAAGUAGUUGUUGAUUUCACUUGACUAUUCACCAUGAUUACAUUUCCCAGAAAUCUUCAUCUAUUUGUUCAAUAUUGUAUAUCCUUCAUAUCUUUCUACCUUUUCCUUCUAUCAUAAGAUACAUGUAUGUCACAGCUUAUUAGGAUAUUUGAAAAGCUUUGCCUUAACCAGCCUAUAGAUUAAAACACAAGUAACCCAGAACAGUCUUGAGAGGGAGGAAGAUCUUUUACUUUCUGGGUCCCAACGGUAAUCAACUUUAUCAUUAACCAGUAUUCACUGAGUAUGGCACUUUGUUGAACAAAUCAUUGCCCUAAAUCUUGUACAGGAUUAAAAUUCAUUCCAGGUUCCUUCCACAAA